CUAUGAGGGCUCAGCUUGGGCGCUGAUUGGUCCACGGUGCACCAGCGUGUCCCCUCUAACUGGUACAUAAAGACCCUUUACCCAGAAAGCAGAGUUCUCAUUGGUGAAUAGGGCGUGGCACGGCGCGAGUGCCCCACAAUGCGUCCCGCGCCGCUAUUGGACGUUGGCUAUACCCAAGAUGGCAGCAGUGCCAGUUCCAGCCUCAGGAUUGGCCGGCAGGGAGGUGGGCGGAGCGAGCGCAGGCUAACAAGGAUAAUUGCCGUAUAUAAAGAAAAGUUGGUGGUUAGAUUUGAUCAAGUCGAUCUGAGCGCUUUGCCUUCCUGGCUAAAUUAGUGGAAGCCGGAGACCAAUUGAGGCUAGUUAGUGCUGGCGUGGACGGAAUUGAGUCGGCGCGGGGAAAGCAGCGCUGGCUGAUUACUGUCCCAUUGUUCUCGUUACCCGCCAUUUCGGGGAUUGUGAGGCGGGGGGCUGUCAAUUGAGACCAUUGGUGGUCGUUGUUGCCGUGGCCGGCCUAAGCGGCCUCCGUCCUACCUUAACUCUCGACACCCGCUGUAACUCAGCCUACAUCACACACCCCUACGGCCCGCCCGCCCGCCAACUGCCUACUAAUUACCGCCACUUAACCCACUCCCCCUCCCCCCCCCCUCCCCUUCCCCAAGUGUACGGUGGUUCGCGGGAAGGACGCAGAUUGGCCGGCCAGAUAAUUAGCUCAUUACGGAGGUCAUCCCUACAGCAUCCUCGGACAUCAUGAACGGUCAGCCCAACUCAACUAGUCCAGCCAGUGUUGGAGCAAAUGUUGGAGUGAGCGGUGGAGUGGGGAAGAGUGUUGGGGGCGGCGGGUGUGGUGGUGGUGGUGGGGGCUCGGGUGGGGGUGUUGGGGGUGGCGUCGGAGCCUCAGCGGGGUCUGGCACCUUCCACAGCAUCCAGGUCAUGUUGGGUCUCCCUGCUGACUUCAUGGUGGCUCCUUCCCUCGCCCCUGCCCACAGGGACUACCAGGAGGGCCUCGCUCAGCCCACGGCCCACAACGCGCCCGUGCCCCACACCCACGCCAACACGCACCCCAACACGCCCACGCCCCCACAGCAAUCGCAUUACAGCGCGCAAGCACAGCACGCCCUCACCAAUCUCAGUGCGCAGAACGCGCACACGCACGUGCAAAAUACGCACACUCACACGCCCACGCACGCGCAAAACGCCCACACACACGUGCAGAGCAACCACACCCAGGCACAGCCAACCCACGCCCAUGCCCACUCCCACGCCGGAGGAUCCCUGGAGCCGCCCCUACCUGGCCCAGUGGUGGGAGAGAAAAGGAAGUUGGAUGAUGGGGGACCGUCCUAUCCGGGACAGCCUACCUCCUCUCCGACUAGCCAGACCCAGCAACCUCCCAGCUCCACAGGAGAACCGUCAACUAAGAAGACCGACUCUAAAUCUAAGAAAUCUUCAGAUACUCCUGGAGUGAAGAAAAAGAAAACGAGGACGACGUUCACAGCAUACCAGCUGGAAGAGUUGGAGCGAGCCUUCGAACGCGCGCCAUACCCCGAUGUCUUCGCCAGAGAGGAACUGGCGGUAAAAUUGAACCUUUCUGAAUCCCGCGUUCAGGUCUGGUUUCAGAACCGUCGAGCUAAGUGGAGGAAGAGAGAACCACCCAGGAAGAAUUAUAUACCACCUGGUGGCAUGGGUGGCGGCCUGGGGGGCACCUUCAACUCCCUCAGCACCCUAUCCCCCUUCAACUCUGGAGAAGCUUGGAGCUACUCUUCCUCCUACGACCCCACUCAUCUCAACCUCCUCGGCCCCGCCUCCUACCCAUUUUCAGCCAACCACAAUCCGGGAUAUAGCUACCCUAUGCUCUCUCAGCCGAUGGGAAUCAACGACUCCCUUUUUACGAACCCUAUCGGCCAGAUGCGGGCGGGAGACUUCCAACCGUCGACAGGGAUGCGGGAUUUCGGGAACAGCCCUCUCAAGACUUACGAUUACCUACAAGAGGUGAAGACGGAGGAUUUUCUCCACGAGAAGAGGGACGCCAACAUGAACAGCGUCCGCCACCAGCCGGCCCCAAAGGAAAACAAGGAUUCUUCCUACAUCACGCUGCCUUCUUUUUUAAGCUAAAUCAGGAGCUUCGAGCGAUGAAGAGGGCGCGCCUUCAGGAGGACGCCCAGGCCUACGAAGCUCAGAUAUCCCAGGCCUAUCCCCCCAUCGUGGCUCCACCAUCCCAGUCCAUUAACCAAACACCAGUCAUGGCUGCGUCUGUAGCAUCUGGACAGUCUAUUGUCAGCCAGUCAGCAGGUAACCCCGCAGUGCCGCCGCCACCUAUGGUCAGUCAGUCAGCAGUGAUGCCCCCUACAGGCUCCGCCCGUCCUAUCCUCUGCUGUGACGACGCCAGUUACGAUGUCGUUGGCAACCACACCUAUGAUCAGCCCAGCAGCUCUGCCAACAAGUACAACAAUCCACCGACCCUCAAGAUACAGCACCAUCACCACCACACCCACCACCCUCCACCACCUCCCCUGGAUGACCCGACACCACCACCCCCACCGCCACCACCUGCUCAUAAGUACGAACUGCCACCCCCUCACCAUCAAGAAUAUGACGUACCGGCACCCACCGCCACGGUUGCCCACGAGUACGACCCGCUGCCCCCACAGGUGCCCGUGGCGGGCGACGAGGAGCCGCCCCUGGUGUACCCAAGCAUGGGUGCAGGACCUCUCGCGGACCCCAAUUCAAUGACUGAUCCUUCCCUCACCUCUGGCUACUUCCCUCACUACCCAUUGGACCCUCAACCUAACCUCGACACUCACGACCCGCUCGAUUACAGCGUUCUGGAAGCUCUGUUUGACGGCUCACCUUACCCACCCACUGCCGAUGUUGGCACACCUGAUACCUACCAUGACUACCACCACUACUAGCCCAGUGUUGGCACACCUGGUACCUACCAUGACUACCACCACUACUAGUCCAGUGUUGGCACACCUGGUACCUACCAUGACUACCACCACUACUAGCCCAGUGUUGGCACACCUGGUACCUACCAUGACUACCACCACUACUAGCCCAGUGUUGGCACACCUGGUACCUACCAUGACUACCACCACUACUAGCCCAGUGUUGGCACACCUGGUACCUACCAUGACUACCACCACUACUAGCCCAGUGUUGGCACACCUGGUACCUACCAUGACUACCACCACUACUAGCCCAGUGUUGGCACACCUGGUACCUACCAUGACUACCACCACUACUACUAGCAGUGGCACCCGUAAACUCCUAACAUAAGAGCUGCAACACUAGGCGUGCUCUAUUAGCAUAACUAGCCCGAGCCUAUUCCUUUCUUCAAUUGAUGCUGGCGCCCUCUAACUUUUGCCACAAUACCACGACAAAAUACUUGCACCUUGUUAUAAUCGGAAGGCAUAUUUUCAACAUCAGAGUAAUGAUUUUCAUCAUUACCAGUAAAGUUCACUAAGACCUGUGCUGGUAACAUUAGUACGUCCGGCGUUCACCAAUACAGUAGGGGGGGUAGAAAUAGCCUAAACUACUCUAUCCCUUUGAGAUGUAUUUCUUUCUUGUCUCAAUAAACAUACUCAAUUGAACCAGUACAGUUCUGCUAAACAAUUCGCGUUACCAGAACUACCAUCAUUGCCAACGUCAGGGCUUCCAAUAAUUACCACGUUACCAAGAUGAUGCAUAAAUACUAUGUAUGUCACUUGUGAUGUAUAAUAAACUUUAUAUGGUUUAGAAUUAAGUGUAUGAUUCUGAAUGACCGAUUGCGUAUACACGAGCAUAUAUAUUUUUCCAUAGUUUUGUACAUUUGUAAGUCAAAUCUUGGAGUGCGUGAAUUUCGUAACGUAUUAAAUGUUAUUGAGUAUAUUUGUCUAUACAACCUCCAUAUUCUCAGUCUAGUGAGAAUAUUAAUGUUAGGUUUUAUAAGUACAUUUUAUUGAGUAGUAGAAAUGUCAAAGUGAAGUUUUAAAUGUUUUAGUAUUUGUAAUGAUCUCAAAAAGAUCAGUAAUGACAGUUUUUUGGGGUUCAGUGUAUAUUUCUUGCCACAAAAUUGUUAUACGUGUGUUGUGCAUUGUUUUAAGUUAUAUCGUUCAUGUCCUGCUUUUAAUAUUGGACUAAAAAAAAAUAUAUUAUGCCAUUUUCUGUAAUUCAUGUGUUGUAGACGCUUUCAUGCAGUGCCAUAUGUAAACAGUUUACUCGUUAUAGUAACUGUUAUUUGUGUUAUUUACAAACUGUUCACCUGUAUAAGUUAUUGUAGUGCCAAAUGUAAACUGUUUACCUAUUCAACAAUAACAGUUAUUAAACAUCCAUAAUUCAACUGUUUACUUGUUUAAUAAAAGCAAAUAUUUAAUAAACUAAGACAAAA